GGAGUCCUGCAAAUCUUUGCAGUGAAGAUGUCAGACAAAGACGCAGACGUUGCUGAAGAGGAAGACGACACACAACCGGUUAUUCCGCCUUAUCCAGAUAAACUUCGUGUGCCUCCUCCACGACCGUCUAGAUCUGCAGCUGCAAGGCCUGCGGUUCCAAAGUCCAGUAGACCAGAGGUGACUAUUAUUUCUGGUCAUCCUUCAGAAGGCAAGAAACGUCCUCCUUUGCCACCAUCUAGACCUGUAUCUGGACCAUCAAGACCUCAAAAGCCACCACCUCCCACUUUAAGACCAGCAAGACCACCUGUUGAUGAGACUGAAAAUGAAAAUGUUGCGCAAACUGCCAAACCAGAAGAAUCAGCUUCUGAUGGGUCAUCUAGACAUCAGUCCUUGCCCACCCAGUCAAAAUCACAACAUCCAAAGGCUCCAGCCAAGGAUAGCGAUGACAGUGCCACAGCAUCUGUACCUUCCAGACCUCCAGCACCAUCCAGAAUUUCGAAAUCACCGACGUCAGAUAAGGAAGAAAGUCCUGAACCACCAGCCAAACCUCCUCCUCCUGCUACUCGACCUGCACCUCCUGUCAGUAGACCUGCUGCAGUGCGACGAGACACGGGACCUAGUAGACCAAAACCGGCAGUUCCUGCUUCUCCACCGAAACGUAAGGCAGCUGCUGAGGUGAAAAGCAGUUCCGAACAUGUGGAUGAAAUUCAAUCAAAAGCAUCAAAUCGUCCUGUUCCUCCAAAGCGAUCAACAGCAAGUGGUUUGGAAGGUACACAUGACAAGACUGAUAAAGAACCAGUUGCUAAACCGGUCAAACCAGAUGUACCUCGAGAACGUCCAGUUGUUCCAAGACGAGCAACUAAUGAACACAAGUCGGACAACCAAGAGCUCGAUGUGACAGAAGUGACGAAGGAAGCCAAACCACGUGUUUCUCCUAAACGACCAAUUAAAAGCCAAGAGGGCACGGGAAGUAAGGAUGACAGUGGAAACGAAAAGGCAUUUGAGGAGGAGGAGGAUAUGCAGACUGCAGGUCAGCUGAUGCAAGAUCAGAUGCCUCUUGACGGUGCCAAGGCAGUGGUUAGUGAGGCAAGAGAACAAGAAACUGAGACCAAAGUCAAGAGGCCUAUUCCACCACAGCGAACAGCAACUAGCAAGCAGUCGGCGAAACCUGGCGAAUCUAACGAAGCUGUUCAACAAGAUGUGCGUUCUAAGCCGGCACUUCCAAAAGCUAGACCACCACUACCAGUAGCAAAGAAGCGAGAAAAACACAAAGAGGAGGUCGAUGAACAACGGGAUGAAGCAAGAGUAACAACAGAAGAAGAGCCUCAUCAGGAGGAUGCACCAGUAAGACCAGAACGUGCAAAGAGACCGGGUCAGACUCGACCACCACCUCCAAAGGAUGCUCCCAAGCCUAGCAGACCAGGACCACCAUCCAAACGCUCGCCUAAACUCUCUCGACCAAAUCAAUCACCACAUGUGCAAAAGCUGCAUGAAAAAGUAAAAUCAAGUGGUCAUCAUGAAGAGAAGAGUCAUGAUCAAGAGAAAGACUCUCCAGAGUUGCCGCCACGACCAGGGCCAGGACAUCCCCUUUUUAAAUAUGUGGUUAGCGAGUCUCAUGGAAUUGCUAUUCAUCCGUAUAAUGGAAGUGGACCAGAUGAGCUUUCAUUUGAUGUUGAUGAUGUCGUUAUUCUUUUGAAUCGAGUUGAUGAAAAUUGGUUGAUGGGCAGAGUGGGAGAAAAUGAAGGGAUGUUUCCACAGAAAUUUAUCAAAAUUGUAAAAAAUUUACCAGGAUGGAAUCUUCCUUUGUAUCCAUGUGCAGUUGCUAUGUUUGACUUUGAUGGAGAAACUGAAGAUGAGCUUACUAUCAGGGCUGGAGAUGAGAUUCGUCUGUUGGAGAGAGUGAAUGACGAAUGGCUGAAAGGAAGCAUAGCAGACGCUGUAGGAAUUUUUCCAGAGAACUGUGUAGAAAUAUUGGUACCACUUGAUGAUCCAUUGGUAGCACGUCUUGUGGCAGCAGCUCGUACCGAUCCACACGGUGUUGCGCUUUUUGACUUUGAUGGAGAAAACCCAAAUGAACUAAGUUUCAAAGCAGGGAAUACAAUCAGUCUUAUUGAAAAAGUUGAUUCUGAUUGGCUAAGAGGUAGAAUUGACUUGCAGGAGGGCAUAUUUCCAUCAUCAUUUGUAGAAAUAGUCAUUGACAUUCCUAAGUUUUCAUAUGCAAUUGUCCAGUACGACUUUGAAGGUCAAGGAGAUGAAGAACUGACUGUCAAGGCUGGUGAUCGAGUAAAAGUAUUUAGGCACAUUGAUAAGACUUGGAUAGAAUGUGAACUGAAUGGAAAAGUUGGACGAUGUCCGGCUCCUUUUUUACUUGAAGAAUUAGUAGCGACAGAGCCAGAGACGUCAUCAGCAAUAGAGAGCGUUGCUGAUGUCACUGCUGGGCCACAUUGUGUUGCAACGUUUGAUUUUGAUGGGCAAGACGGCGAGCUCUCCUUUAAGACUGAUGAUGUUAUUGCGAUAACCGAUCGUGUGAAUGAGGAGUGGCUGAACGGUCAACUGGAUGGUAGGACAGGCAUGUUUCCAGUAGCGUUUGUUCGAGUUGUGAAGGAACUUGACUAAUAUGGUUAUAAGUCGUGUUGGCUAAUAUUGCACAUUAACACUCACCAUUUACAGAAUAGAUGAAGACACAAAUA